UAUAAAUGGCCGACAGAAAUGUCAGUGUGAUAACUGAAUUCAUCCUCCUGGGGUUGACUGAUAACCCUGAAAUGAAUGUUGUCCUUUCCGUGCUCUUUGUAUUAAUCUAUCUCAUUACUGUGUUGGGCAAUAUUUGGAUUACCAUAACAAUUCUGACUAGUGCCCAGCUCCAUUCACCCAUGUACUUUUUCCUUAGCCAGCUGGCUUUCUUGGAUUUCUGCUAUUCUUCAGUCUUGAUUCCUAAAAUGUUGGUGAAUUACAUAACAGGACAGAAAGUCAUCUCUUAUCAUGGUUGCCUCCUACAGUAUUCGUUUGUCAGCUUGUUCCUGACUACUGAAUGUUUCCUGUUGGCUGUCAUGGCAUGCGAUCGGUAUCUUGCAGUUUGCCGCCCACUUCACUACAAAGGUCUAAUGACUCCCACGUUCUGCAUCUACCUGGUGACUGUUUCCUACCUGCUGGGCUCUGCAAAUUCCCUCACCCAUCUGAGUAGCUUGCUGAGUUUGUCUUUCUGUGGGCCCAAUGUUAUCAACCAUUAUUUCUGUGACAUUCCAUUGCUCUUCCAACUCUCCUGUUCCAACACCCAACGCAGUAAGGUUUUAUUUACUGUCCUUUCUGGAGCAGCAUCAGUGUCUACCUUUUUGAUAGUGGUUAGUUCCUACCUGGAAAUCCUGCUCACUGUCCUCAAGAUACAUUCCACCAGGGGCAGAAAUAAAGCCAUAUCCACAUGUGCCUCCCACUUAACGGUAGUGACUCUCUUCUAUGGAACAGUGAUAUUUACUUACCUGGGAACCAGCUCUAGCUACUCACAGGAUAAAGCCAAAAUUCUGUCGGUGUUGUACACACUUUUGCUGCCAAUACUAAAUCUUCUAAUAUAUAGCGUGAGAAACAGGGAAGUCAAAGAAGCCAUGAAAAUAAUCAUUAAGGGAAAAAUAUUUCCUCAAUGAACAUGAAAUUUUAGCCAGAAACAUUUAAGAGUAUUUAUCGAUGCUGCAGUAAGUACAUUGUCAAAUACAUGUGGGACUUUUGGGGUGAAGGCAGAAAGGUAUUUGCAAAGCAGCAUAUGUGAAAAAUGCAUUCAUUAUUGGCCUUUAGAAACAUACAUGCGCACAUGUAAGCACACACACAUAACACACACAUAUAUGGGAAACUUUUCUUUUACACUUUUAGGUUUAUUAGUUGGAAGGCCCAUUAGUUAAACUGACAAAGAAAUGAUUAACAGGAAAAGAGGCAAAGUUUAUUCAUACACAUAUGGGGGCAUACAAAAGAACUCGCUCGCUCAAUAAUUCGAGACCAGGGUUUAUGUACCUAAUUUGCCACAUGAAAGCAAAGGACGAGAAAGGCCUCCAUGGGAAGAACAUAUGAACUAACAGAACAAAUAGGAGAUAAAGUUUAUGGUAUUGUAUGUUUCAUACAGAUUCCUGUGUUCCCUUUCUUCUUCCAGGCAGAAAAUCCUCCUGCUAGAGGCGAUUUAUUGGUGUUUCAUUCUCAGAAGUUUCUGUCUUUAUCCUGAUAAGAAUAGCUCUGAUAAAGCUUCUUUCUGCAUUUGUUGAAUCUCAAAUGUCUUUAGAUAAAAAUAUUUUUAUGCCACUUUGGUAUAAUUUGAAUCUUUUUCGAUCUCAAAUUGUGAUUUUGAAAAUCUAACUUCUUGUGUAAUAAACUGUCACCCAUAUUCUGUGGAUUGGUUAAUUAUAUAAUACAAUCA